AUGGGCAGAAGCAGCGGCGGCAAGAAGCGGAAGGGGUCGGUGCUCAGCCCACUGGCACUAUCGCGAGCAGCGGCCACUCACAGCAAUGGCGGCAGCGCAACUCGCAGCGGCGGCGGCGGCCACAGACACUCCAGAGCGUACGACGGCGGAAGCGGCACAGGCAAGCACGCAGCCAAGCUGGGACCAGGCAAAAAGAGCAGCGGCAAGGCAACGCGCGGCAGCGAAAAGGCCCGUCCCGGCCCGGCGUUCGACCUGGCCGAGUGGCUGGAUGACUUUGAAGCGGUCAGCGCCGCCGUCAGCCGCCACGGCGACCUCGAGGCCCUGCUCAACGCCGGCGGCGGCAUCACAAAAAUCCGCGGCUUUCUCCCGCCCGCCGCCGCCGCCGGCCUGCUGGCCCUGCUGCGCCGCGUGCCGCCGCCCGCCUGGCGCGCAACCGAGGCCGCGCGCGACUACGCCGCCAACAACAUAUCCCACGCGUUCGACUCGACAAAGCGCGGCGGCGGGGACGGCGAGGUCGACGAGCAGCUGGCGAAAGCGUUCCGCGUUAUGAGCCUGCUGCGGCCGGGGGAGCUCUUCACGUUCAGCGCCGCGCGCUACGCGCGGGGACACCACAUCGAGCCGCACGACGACCGCGCUUACACCAACGUGCGGCGCGCGGCGCGCAGCACGGCAUGGGGGCGAGCGCGGCGCGGCGUGGGCGCGGCGCAGCGGUGCUGA